AAGUUGUUCCGGCCGGACGGCGUUUCCACGGACGCCCAAGAGGCAGCCGGCAGCGGAGCCGGCGGCGCUGAUAGGCGUGCUGGGCUGGGUUUCACUGGUCUCCAGCCGGCCCCCACCCAACCCAUCCCUGAUUGGACAGUCUUUUCAUCAACAAGGUUGGGCAAGAAUCUUAAGUGUUUAUGAGAAACCGGAUAAUUUCUAAGAAACCCCUACAUGCAAGUAGCUGAAGAGCGAGAUCAACGGGCUUGAAAAGAAGAGCCUUUUCCAAAAACAAAACUGAAAGAAAGAGAAGAGGACUAUUAAAGAGGAUCUUUGGCUGCACAGGGCAGUCUCAGCUACCCAGCUGCCCUGUGUGAGCAGUGACCACCUCUGCAGUGCCUCCCACAACCUGGCUGUGUCUGGACCACUAAGCCAGUCUUGCUACAGUUGUGAACCUGGGUCCUGGGAAAUGGCGGAUGUGCCCAGCAGCGAGCAGGGAUGUGCCUCCCCGCUGGAACUGUUCAACCGCAUAGCUGCCCAAGGGGAGCUCGUGCGAUCCCUCAAAGCUGGAACGGCGCCGAAGGAUGAAGUUGAUUCUGCAGUGAAAAUGUUGUUAUCCUUAAAAAUGAGCUACAGAGCUGCCAUGGGGGAGGACUAUAAGGCCGACUGCCCUCCGGGGAACCCGGCACUGGAGUGUAACAGUGGCCUGGGUGCCACAGAAGCCGAAGAGGAUUUUGUGGACCCAUGGACGGUACAGACGAGCAGUGCAAAAGGCAUUGAUUAUGACAAGCUCAUUGUUCGGUUUGGAAGCAGUAAAAUUGACAAAGAACUGAUAAGCCGGAUAGAGCGGGCCACUGGCCAGAAGCCACACCGCUUCCUGCGCAGGGGCAUCUUCUUCUCACACAGAGAUAUGAAUCAAGUUCUUGAUGCCUAUGAAAACAAGAAGCCAUUUUAUCUGUAUACAGGCAGGGGCCCCUCUUCCGAGGCAAUGCAUGUAGGUCACCUCAUCCCGUUUAUUUUUACAAAGUGGCUGCAGGAUGUGUUUAAUGUCCCCUUGGUCAUCCAGAUGACGGACGACGAGAAGUACCUGUGGAAGGACCUGACUCUGGAGCAGGCCUACGGCUACGCCGUGGAGAAUGCCAAGGACAUCAUCGCCUGUGGGUUUGACAUCAACAAGACCUUCAUCUUCUCGGACCUCGACUACAUGGGGAUGAGCCCAGGCUUCUACAAGAACGUGGUCAAGAUCCAGAAGCAUGUCACCUUCAACCAAGUGAAAGGCAUUUUUGGCUUCAGCGACAGUGACUGCAUUGGGAAGAUCAGUUUUCCUGCCAUCCAGGCUGCUCCCUCCUUCAGCACCUCGUUCCCUCAGAUCUUCCGAGACCGGACGGACGUCCAGUGCCUCAUCCCAUGUGCCAUUGACCAGGACCCUUACUUCCGAAUGACGAGGGACGUGGCCCCCCGGAUCGGCUACCCUAAACCAGCCCUGCUGCACUCAACCUUCUUCCCUGCCCUGCAAGGGGCCCAGACCAAAAUGAGUGCCAGUGAUCCCAACUCCUCCAUCUUCCUCACAGACACGGCCAAGCAGAUCAAGACCAAGGUCAACAAGCAUGCGUUUUCUGGGGGGAGAGACACCGUCGAGGAGCACAGGCAGUUUGGGGGCAACUGUGACGUGGAUGUGUCCUUCAUGUACCUGACCUUCUUCCUUGAGGAUGACGACAAGCUGGAGCAGAUCAAGAAGGAUUACACCAGUGGAGUCAUGCUCACUGGCGAGCUCAAGAAGACUCUCAUAGAGGUCCUGCAGCCCUUGAUCGCAGAGCACCAGGCCCGGCGAAAGGAGGUCACAGACAAGAUAGUGAAGGAGUUCAUGACUCCCCGGGCGCUGUCCUAUGACUUUAAGUAAUGCUGUUUGUAUCUGUGCACACAAGACAUGUGAUUCUGCCAUAAUCCCAGCCCUGUCAAUCACCGCCCUUCAGCUCUGUCACUUGGUAAUUACCAGCCUGGUAUCUGUCAGCUCUGGGCAUGCAUCAGUACUGUUUUUUCCGGGAAUGUCAUCCUUUCUGUCUCUUGUGGCCAAAAACCUGUGGGGAGGUUGGGUGCUGGGUGACAUCACCUGGUCGGAUAGGCAAGUCCGCCGGAGUCUCCCAGCAGCCCACGUUUGGUGGCUUUGGCUAGCUGUCCACAGCCAGCCUGUCCUGGUCCCCAGAAUGCCUUCAUUUGAAAGCAGCCUCCGGUUCCAAACAUAUUCCUAAAACCUGCUGUAAAACCUGUGUAAAAGCUUACGUAGUCUGUGUGUGCACAUCUGGAAUCAAAAUGUCAUCAGAAAACUAAAAAGUGCUUUGGAAAGCU